CCUGUCACUUUUGUCAUUUCAGAUAUAUCUGUCAAAUUCGGCAAUUUGUGAGAAUUUUGUUGUUUCACUUUCUUUUUUGUAAUAAUAUCCUUUUACAAACUGUGAUGUGAUUACUAUUUUACUUUAAAUGUGAUCGGUAUUAAUCCCUGAAUGGCUAACAAGUCCAUGAUGGGGGACAGCAGUGAUUCCGACGAGUUCUACGAUGCGGAGGAGUUCACUCCCGUGAAGGGGUCGAAGAGAUCAUCCGUCUGUAAAACUUCACCAAAACCAUCAGAUAAUACUGAUUCUAAAGACAAGGAGAGGAUAUCUUCAGCAAAGCAAAAUGAGUCUGUUCCAUCCUCAAGUGCGGCCCCAAUCUCUGAGAUGUCGGAGGCAGACCAGACUUCUAUUACACAUGCGGUGCAAGACAGGCGGCGGUUCCAGGAGCUCCGGCGCUGCAUGCAGGCCGAGGACGAGGACGAGGGGCUGCCUGACGCCGGCUCCCUCGACCACCACACAUUCACGCUGGAGCAGCCAUUUAAGAUCGUAGCCCACGAUACGAUGAGCUUACAAAGUAUGACGUCACUGGGCCGCAUCGGCAGGAUACUCAGUGGUGCCUCCGAGUCUCAUCCAAAUAUUCGCGAAAGUGCUCCGGCACAGGCGCAGGUGUCCAGAGAACCCUCAACUUUGUCUGAAGAAGCGAUCCUACCUGAUAGAAAUCAAACUGUGCUAGCCAUGGCGGAGCCCGACGUCAUAGCCAGCACAAAAGCGAACAGCCUCAAACACCUAGGCAGUGGCGGGUCGGCCAUCGUGGCCAUGUGUGGCGCGGAGCCGCGGCCAGCCAGUGUUGCCAGCGGCCCGGUGGCGCCGCCACGGAGGAAAAAGAGAAAUAAGCUUCACGGGUCGCAAUCUCUAUCGACAACGGACGGCGACAACCUGAGUAUUUGCACCAAUGACACGGAUGACUACCGACUGAUGACGUCAGCGCGUAAACCGGAACGGCCUGAGAAACCGCCGCCGCUAGACGCCUUGUUGACUGAGAACCCGCUGUCGUCGUCGCUGUCUCAGAGCCAGUCGGCGGCGCUGCCGAGCCCCGCGUCCACCAUCGAGUCUCUGACCAGGGAGUUCCAGGACUCACUGGAGCUCUCCAACUCUAAGUAUGAGAAAUCAUCGACGAUGUCAUCGAACCGUUCGACGCGACACUCCACAGAGCGCAGCGCCGCCUCUUCGCGCAGCUCCACCGGCAAGUCCGUACGCGGGCAGCCGCUCGAUGUGAAUGAACCUCCUACAGGGGCCCACGUGGUGCGUCCCGCCGACGACGACCGGCUGCGCAGCGGCGGCUCCAGGACCCAGAGCGAGAGCCGCGCCUUGCCCACUACUGGACACUCGAGCUUGGGGUCUAAUGGCAGACGCAGCGCUUGCGAGUCAGGCGGGCCGCGGCGGCGUUCCUGCGGCGACGAGUCAGCGCUAGCCCAGGCACUACGCGGGUCCCCGCCGCGACUCACCGACACAGAGAUACUGGAGCAGGUCACUGUGCUCAACCUCGAUACGGGUGAGCGAAUGCCUCUAAGCGUGGCGGAACACAAGCUGCCGCAGUGCAUCAACCCGCUCAGCCUGCACAUCAUGAGGCUCACUUCAGAGUAUAUCGGACGACCUAAUGAUGAUGAGAAUACUAGGGAGACAGAUGAGGAGAGUGAGAGCGUGUGCGCGGGCGGCGCCGAGGAUGAGGCGAAGGAGGCCAAGCGGGAGUCCGCCGACAGACAAACCACGGCUAUCAAGAGGAAAACGGAAAAAUUAAAACGUUUCUUCGGCACGACAGUAAAGAAGACAGUGGACGCGGCGAAGUCGCUCGCCCAGGAGGUGUCCCACGCUAGGCACAAAGAAGACGUGGCUGACAUAGCCGACGACGUUAGAGGCGAACAUAAUAUCAAAUUGAAGGCGUCUAACUCACAUAAAGGACCUUAUGACUUCGAUGGAUGUGUGCGACAUGUGCAGGAGAUGGGCAGCGGCCACUCGGGCGCAGUCUGGUGCUGCAAGUUCAGCGUGUGCGGCCGCCUACUAGCCACGGCGGGACAGGACAAGCUGCUCCGCGUGUGGGUCACCCGGGACGCACACCACAUGUUCCAGGACAUGCGAACAAAAUACAACGCUGAACAAAAAUCCUCCCCCACCCCUUCCCAAGAGUCUCUGGCCUCCCUCGCCGCCCCUCCCCCCGCGCCGGACGUGCCCCCCGCCGGCCCCUCCGCCCCCUUCGUGCCGACCCCCUUCUGUGUGUAUAGUGGGCAUACGUCGGACCUGCUCGAUGUCAGCUGGUCCAAGAACUACUUUAUAUUGUCGAGCUCUAUGGAUAAGACUGUCAGGCUGUGGCACAUAUCUCGCGGCGAGUGUCUCUGCUGCUUCCAGCACAUCGACUUCGUGACGGCGAUCGUGUUCCACCCUCGAGAUGAUAGAUACUUCCUGUCGGGCAGUCUGGAUGGGAAGCUGCGGCUGUGGAAUAUACCUGAUAAGAAGGUUGCAGUAUGGAACGAAGUGGACGGCAAAACGAAACUGAUCACGGCCGCAAACUUCUGUCAGAACGGGAAGUUCGCAGUCGUAGGCACUUACGACGGCCGCUGCAUAUUCUACACCACAGACCAACUGAAAUAUCAUACACAGAUCGACGUGCGAUCUACUAGAGGAAAGAACUCAACGGGAAGAAAGAUCAGCGGAGUGGAACCCAUGCCUAAUGAGGACAAAAUACUCGUCACUUCAAACGACAGCAGAAUACGACUCUACGAUCUAAGAGACCUCAAUCUCUCCUGCAAAUACAAGGGCUAUGUCAACGUCUCUAGCCAAAUCAAAGCUUCAUUCAGCCACGAUGGUAAAUACAUCGUCAGCGGAUCAGAAAACCAAUGCAUAUACAUAUGGAAGACCUACCACGACUAUUCAAAGUUCACGUCGGUCAGACGGGACAGAAAUGACUUUUGGGAAGGCAUCAAGGCUCAUAAUGCGGUGGUGACGUGUGCGGUGUUUGCGCCGAACCCCGAUUAUAUGAUCAGGAUGAUCAAUGAGAGAGAAGAAGAGGCUAAAGCUAAGGAUGGCACGGAAAAGGAUGAAGUGAAAGGGGCAGAAGGCGGCAUGGUGGCGUCAUCACAGACGGGCCAUGUCCUAGUGAGUGCAGACUUUAACGGCUGUAUCAAAGUGUUUGUUCACAAAGCGAAGCCCAAACACAGCUCCUUACCCGCUUCAGCCCUAGCGUAAGUGUUGUGUUCACAAUUGAGACCUAAGAAUAGAUAUUAGACUGUGUUAUGUUGGCAGCACUGACGUUUGUCUGUGAAACAAGAUGGCGGAGGCAGUGGCCAAUCACAAAAGAGCUUUAUACAAUGCGUAUUGGUAUGUAGGUAUAGUAGUGUUCUAUGAAAUGGUGAAUGAUGGGCAGUUACAUUUUGUUCAAUCGAGAAUCACGUUUUAAUGUAUAUUAGCCUUAGUUGGGACUAAAGUUUAUACUCUUUUCGGGUGUUUAUGUAUAGCUGUUACAUAAUAAAGCAUAAGAGUCUUCAAUCAUGUCUUAGUUGGCUUUAGUCAGUGUUCGCACUACUUUUAUCUUUCAAAUUUAAUUCGUUAACAUAAUCAGAAUAAAAUCAUUUCGUUACGGCAAUAUGAGUACUCAAAUCAUAUGAUAUAUUUUGACUUUAAUUUUGUUUAUCAUUAAAAUAAAGUAUUUUUAUGUAAGGGCUAUGUUUAUGUAAUUAUUUAUUCGUGGUAAGGACUAUCAAACAUGCUAUAUUUUUGUUAUUAUGUAUGUAAUAAAUUGUCGUAUUUACUUUAAAGUAUACAUUACACAGUAUGUCGUUGACUAGGUUUUCGGA